AUGGUAUGGCUGGUUAGAUCUUCAUCAAACAUAAGCGAUGAGUCAGUAGUUUUGCUAGCCUGGAAAGCAAAGCUAACUUUUGAUCGAGAUUCCAACGUCUUGGGAGAAAAAUGGAGCACCAACUCGUCGUUUUGUAACUGGAUUGGAGUUUCUUGCAGUGGUUAUGGGAAAAGAAUCACUGCCCUGAAUCUUUCUUCUAUGGGCAUUUCAGGCACCAUCGAGCCCCAGUUGAGCAACCUUUCCUUCCUCACGGUACUGGACCUCAGCAACAACAAUUUCCAUGGCCAGGUACCUUAUGGGCUUGGCUAUUUGCCUCGUUUGAGGCUGCUCCAUUUGGAAAACAAUCAGUUGGAGGGAAUAAUUCCGCCCAGUUUAUCGAAAUGCCAAGAGCUUCAAGUCAUCUCAUUAUCAUCCAACAAGUGCACCGGAGAUGUGCCACCUGAGCUUGGGAUGCUAUCUAAGCUUCGUGUCCUGUCACUUGCAGAUAAUGGUCUUACUGGCAUUAUCCCAAAUUCCAUUGGCAACCUAUCAUUGUUAGAAAGGCUUCAGUUGUUCUCCAACAGCCUACAAGGAAGUAUUCCAAAGGAGCUUGGUAAUCUGCUGAAUUUACAGGAAUUGGCUUUGUUUGCCAAUCAAUUGACAGGUCCCAUUCCUUAUAAUAUAUUUAACAUCUCAAGUCUGCAAGCUAUAUAUCUCAUGAACAACAGCAUUUCCGGUGAUCUUCCCAUGGAUAUUGGACUUCGCCUUCCUAACCUUGUAGACCUUGCUCUAAGCAACAAUCAAAUUAAUGGAAUCUUGCCUUCUAGUAUAUGCCAAUGCACAAAUCUCCAAAAUCUGGCAUUAGCUCGCAACAACUUUAGUGGAAUUCUGCCUAGAGAAAUUGGAAGCUUAUCCAACCUUGAAGGGCUUUAUCUAGACCACAAUGCUUUCACAGGUACUCUUCCUCCAUCCAUGGGUAAUCUUUCAAAACUGUCACUACUUCAAUUGGGAGUCAAUAACAUGAUUGGAGUCCUCCCUGAAGAAUUGGGCCAUCUGCAAAAUUUGCAAAUCUUGAUGUUGGGCAUCAACAACUUUGUGGGAUCAAUACCACAAAAGAUCUUUAACAUCUCAACCCUGAAAGUUAUUGCAUUUCCAUUAAAUCACCUUUCAGGGUAUCUUCCAACAAAUAUAGGACUUCUGACUCCCAAUCUCGAAGGACUAUAUCUAACUGGGAAUCGUCUCAGUGGACCAGUACCUCUUUCUAUCACAAACGCUUCCCAGUUAACUGUUCUGGAUCUAAGCAGUAAUUUCUUCAACGGACCAGUCCCAAAAACAUUGGGAAAUUUGCAACAGCUUCGAAUUCUUGAUAUAGAAGACAAUCAGCUAACUAAGCAACCUCACUCUCUCCAAGAAAUUACAUUUAUCACUUCCCUGACAAGUUGUAGAUUUUUGAAAUACUUGUAUAUUGGGAGUAAUCCACUGAAUGGCAUCCUACCAGAUUCUAUAGGAAAUCUUUCUAAUUCUCUUGAAGCUUUCCGAGGAGAAAAGAGUCAUAUCAAGGGUAGUAUUCCUAUAGGAAUUGGUAACUUGAGCAAUUUAAUCACAUUUAAUUUCAGCGCCAAUGAACUCAGUGGAACCAUACCUCCAACAAUUGGAGGGUUAAAGAAACUUCAAAGGUUAUACCUCAGUCAUAACAAAAUAGAAGGAUCCAUUCCGGAUGGUCUCUGUUCUUUGGUACAGUUGGGAGAACUGGUUCUCGAGGAUAAUAAGCUCUCUGGGCACCUACCAAACUGCAUGGGGAAUCUCUAUCGGCUAAAGCUCCUUUUCAUCGGUUCCAAUAUGUUAAUAUCCAAAAUACCCCAGAGCCUCUGGAACCUAACAGAUCUCUUAUUGUUGAACCUGUCACAUAAUUCUUUGGAAGGCGAUUUGGCUCCGGAAGUGGGAAAUUUGAACCUAUUAGAAAAACUGGAUGUGUCUUCCAAUCGGUUGACUGGUAAUAUUCAAGCUACUAUAGGCAACCUGCAAAGACUAAAUUAUUUGAGCUUAUCAAAGAAUCGGUUCCAAGGCCCAAUCCCACAAUCCUUAGGCAACCUGCUGAGUCUGGAAUUCUUGGACCUCUCUUUUAAUGACCUAUCAGACGAGAUUCCCACGUCGUUGGAGAAACUUUUUCUCCUCAAGUACUUGAAUUUAUCAUAUAAUAGGCUUCAAGGAAAAAUUCCAGGCGGAGGACCAUUUGCAAACUUUACAGUGCAAUCGUUUUUAGGGAAUGAAGCACUCUGUGGUGUGUCGAAACUACCUCUUUCCAUCCUAAUGAGUAAGUCACUUGCUCCACCACAAGUUGAUCCACCAGUUCAAAUGGGAUAUAGAAGGAUUGUGCACCGAGAGCUUCUUCAUGCAACAAAUAACUUCCAUGCUGCAAACUUACUUGGAGUAGGGAGCUUUGGUUCUGUAUACAAAGCAACAUUAUCUGAUGGAGUGAUGGUCGCCGUGAAGGUUUUGAACUUGCAAAAUGAGAGAACACUUAAGAGUUUCAGUGCAGAAUGCCAAGUUAUGCGCAAUGUUCGACAUAGAAACCUUGUCAGAAUAAUCAGCACUUGCUCUAACCACAAUUUUAGAGCUCUGGUUAUGCAGUUUAUGUCAAAUGGAAGCCUUGAAAAAUGGUUAUAUUCGGACAAGCAUUUCUUAGAUCUCCACCAAAGAAUCAACAUUAUGAUAGAUGUUGCUUGUGCAUUGGAAUAUCUGCAUCACAAUUAUCAAGAGACUGUAGUGCACUGUGACUUGAAGCCAAGCAAUGUCCUCCUUGAUGAAGACUUGGUAGCAUAUGUUGGUGACUUUGGAAUUGCAAAGAUAUUAACUGCAAAUAAGAUUGCAAUACAAACCAACACCCUUGGAACAAUGGGCUACAUUGCUCCAGAGUUUGGAUUAAAAGGAAGAGCGUCAACAAGCAGUGAUGUUUACAGCUACGGGAUUAUGCUAAUGGAGACAUUCACAAGAAAAAGGCCUACAAAUAAAAUGUUUGGCGAAGAAAUGAGCCUGAGGCAGUGGGUGAAGUCAUCACUUCCAAAUGCAGUAAUGGAGGUUGUGGAUAAGAGUCUGCUUAUCAAAGGCAAAAUGGAUGAUUUGUCAAUGGUACGACCUGGUCUUGCAUCCAUUUUGAAAUUAGCUCUGGAAUGUUCCGUGGAGUCGCCGAAAAGGAGGAUUAACAUGAAACAAGUUGUCACCGUGCUCAAAGACGUCAGGAAUCAAUUCCUCUUAUCACAAAGCUCUUUGUGUGCUUGUUAG